AUACGAGAAAGAUGAAUAAGACUAUGAUGUGUCGUCUCGCAGAAUUACAGCCACGUCGCCACCACCGCUUCCAUGGCUACUCCUUUAGCCACUCCUCUCUUCUCUCCUUUAGCUCUUUCCCCAUCAAGAAACCGCCAUUUGUGUUUCAAGAUCCGAUCCGACUCGAAACAUGGGAAGAUUUACAAAUCCAAUGGAAUUCAGAAGCUGAAUCUAUCGAAAUCUCGUGAACCCAAUGGUCAAAGUACGAACUUUCUACAAAUGGGUCCUCGAGAGAUGAGUUUUGGGAGGAAACUCUCAGUUCAAUCCAUGGAUGGUGCUGGAACAGGGAACACAUCAACGAUCUCUCGCAGCGUGUUUGCGAUAAUGCACUUGUUGGUCUCACUUGGGAUCAUACUUGCUGCAGACAGUUUCUUGAAACAGGCUUUUGUAGCAGCGUCAAUCAAGUUCCCGAGCGCCUUGUUUGGGAUGUUCUGUAUUUUCUCUGUUCUUAUGAUUUUGGAUUCCUUUGUUCCUGCUGCUGCAACAAGUUUGAUGAAUUUCUUCGAGCCUGCGUUUCUGUUUAUCCAGAGAUGGCUUCCUUUGUUCUACGUUCCUUCUCUUGUUGUUCUCCCUCUUUCCGUCAGAGAUAUUCCCGCGGCUUCUGGCGUCAAAAUCUGCUACAUUGUAGCCGGUGGAUGGUUGGCGUCUCUUUGUGUAGCAGGUUUCACAGCUAUUGCUGUGAGAAAAAUGGUGAAAACCGAAAUGACGGAAGCUGAGCCUAUGGCAAAACCUUCUCCAUUUUCAACACUUGAGCUAUGGAGUUGGAGUGGAAUCUUUGUUGUAUCGUUUGUUGGUGCUCUGUUUUACCCUACUUCGUUGGGUACAAGCGCAAGAACGUGUCUCCCUUUCCUUCUUUCUUCUACUGUUCUUGGUUACAUUGUCGGUUCUGGGUUGCCAUCUUCUAUUAAGAAAGUCUUCCACCCGAUAAUCUGUUGCGCGCUAUCUGCAGUACUCGCUGCUCUAGCUUUUGGGUAUGCUUCAGGAUCUGGACUUGAUCCUGUUUUAGGAAACUACCUUACCAAAGUAGCAUCGGAUCCUGGCGCUGGUGACAUACUAAUGGGUUUUCUUGGCUCUGUCAUUCUCUCUUUCGCUUUCUCCAUGUUCAAACAAAGAAAGCUCGUUAAGAGACACGCAGCUGAGAUCUUCACAUCUGUGAUCGUUUCAACGGUUUUCUCGCUCUACUCAACUGCUCUUGUUGGACGUUUAGUUGGAUUAGAACCAUCUUUAACGGUAUCAAUCCUACCUCGCUGCAUCACAGUUGCAUUAGCCCUUAGUAUUGUAUCACUCUUUGAAGGGACCAAUUCGUCUCUUACAGCAGCUGUAGUCGUUGUGACUGGUCUGAUUGGAGCUAACUUCGUGCAAGUUGUUCUUGACAAACUGCGUUUACGUGAUCCAAUUGCUCGGGGAAUCGCAACUGCGUCAAGUGCUCAUGGACUUGGAACAGCAGCUUUGUCGGCUAAGGAGCCAGAGGCUCUUCCCUUCUGUGCAAUUGCUUAUGCUCUCACCGGAAUCUUUGGAUCGUUACUGUGUUCAGUCCCUGCCGUCCGGCAGAGUUUGCUGGCGGUCGUCGGCUGAGGAGUGAUGACGUGGCGAUACACGAUCGGUGGUCUCAGCAGCCAGCGAGUUACUUAAGUAUGGGAGCUGUUUGGUUUGGAUGUGAAAAUAAGCUUGUAUCAAUGAAAAAGAUGAUGGUAAAAUGCUUAUAUUUUUUAUUUUUAUUUUGUAAAUGUUGUGAAUUUGUAAUGGAAACAAAAUAUGUAAAUUUAAUAUUUCAAUUGAGACAAAAGAAAAAACACAAAGA